AUGAAUCCUACCCCACUGCUGACCCUGCUGGGGCUAACCACUUUGCUGCCCUGUGUGCCAGCCCUGACCUGCCAGUCAAGAACGACGCAGACCAUGAAGACUGUGUCAGAGCUGCCCUUUAAGUGGACCGCCGGCAGGAGAAGAUGUCAGGCGGGUGAGGGCUGCCAAGACACCCUGAUGCUCAUAGCGAAUGGACCCCAAGUAAAUGUGCUUGUUGUCAAAGACUGUACGACGGCCGAGGACCAAGAGGCCCUGGUCACCCAACACAGGGCAGGCCCGGGCCUGUCAGUGGUCUCUUAUACUCACGUGUGCCGAAACAAGGACUUCUGCAACAGCAUGCAAAGCACCGAGGUCCUGGGGACCUUGCCCACGCCCGCAGUCCCAGGCCCGGUUCGCUGCCCAUUGUGCCUCUCUUCCUCUCUCUGUGACAAUGCACCGGAGCAGGCUUGCCCCGAGGGCCACACUCACUGCUACUCAGGAACCCUCAGGCUCAGGAGCGAGGAAGUAAUCAGCAACCUGAGGGUGCGGGGCUGCCUGCCAGAGCCGGGCUGUAACCUGCUCAAUGGUACCCAGAGAAUCGGGCCGAUUGAUGUGAGCGAGGACUGCCGUUCCGCGUUAGGCCCUCAGAUUCUGGACUGUUACAGUGGGACCAUCGAGACCAUAAUUAAGGUGUCAGACUUGCACCUGGGCUGGACAAUGCACUGGCAAACCUGUGCGGCAGACGAGGGCUGCUUUGAAAAUGUGAUGCUGAUAGAUAAUGGACAGCAAGUGAAUUUGUUAGUCAACAAGGGAUGUACCGUAGCGGAGAACCAAAACCCUGAAGUCACCAGGCAUCUUGAAGGCCCUGGAAUCGCCAUCACCUCCUAUGCCCAAGUGUGCCGGCAAAAGGACUUCUGUAACGAUUACUCCACCACGAACGCCCUCUGGACCCCGCCCCCCGCCCCAGGCCCAGGGACGCUGCACUGCCCAUUCUGCAUUGCGAAAUUUGGCUGCGAAAACGCCAAACAGCGGGUCUGCCCUGCAGGCCUAACUCACUGCUACCAAGGAGUCUUCAAGUUCAGGGGAGGGAACAUUGCCACCAAUCUCAGGGUACAGGGCUGUGUGCGCCAGCCAGGCUGCAAUCUAAUCAAUGGCCCCGUGAAGCUUGGACCGAUAGAUUUGAGUGAAGACUGCACUUAUCUAGCCGUGAAGAUCCUGAGGUGCCAGAAGGGAACGCUGGAGACCAUAAUGAACGUCACAGACCUGCCCUUUCAGUGGAAAGCAGGCCGGACAAAGUGUAAGGUCGGUGAAGGUUGCCAGGACACGCUGAUGAUGAUACAGAACGGACACCAGGUGAGCUUGGUGCUCACAAAGGGCUGCACCACCACCAGUGACCACGAGGUCAGCAUCACCAAGCACAGGACGAGCCCCGGGUUCUCCUUCAUCUCCUACACCCACGUGUGCAGCCGCAAGAACUACUGCAAUGAACUGUCCACCACAGCCCCUCUCUGGGUUCCACCUCCCGUCGCAGUCCCAGGGACCCUGCACUGCCCGCUCUGCCUUUCUACCUCUGGCUGUGAGAAUGUGCCGAAACAAGUCUGCCCUGCGGGCAACACUCACUGCUACAACGGAGUCCUCAGGCUCAGGGGCGGGAACAUUGCCACCCGGCUGAACGUGUGGGGCUGCAUGCCCCAGCCAGGCUGUGACCUGCUCAACGGAACCCAGGAGAUCGGACCCGUGCACGUGAGCGAGGACUGCAAUCCUCAGUCAGACACGUUGACCUGUCACAAGGGGGUGUUGGUGAAGUUUGGCAGAGACUUGUCCAAAAACCCAGUGGAAUGGACCGCGUCGGAGGAGCAGAUAUGCGUCGCUGGUGAGCUGUGUCAGGAGACCCUGCUGCUCAUCGACGUCGGACACCACUCGCUCCUGUUAGGGAGCAAAGGCUGUACCGAGGCCGGGACACAGGACAUCACAGGUGUCACCCACAACUCGCUGCCCCCUGGGAUGGUCGUGGCCUCCUACUUCCGGUUCUGCUCGGACUCCGACCUGUGUAACAGCGCCCGGCUCAGCAGUGAGCUGUUGGACACCUUCCCGCAAUCAGCUGGGCCUGCGCCUGGACACCUCCAGUGUCCAGCGUGCGUGCAGUUUUCCGGGUCUUGCAACAACUCCGAACUUGUUGCCUGCGCUCAGGGCACCUCACACUGCUAUAGUGGAAAUAUUGAGCUCACAGGGGGUGGACUUUCUGGCACCGUCAGCAUCCAAGGAUGCAUGGCCUCGUCUUCCAAGUUACUGUUGAGCAAGAACAAGACAAUUGGGAUAUUUUCUGUGAACGAGGAGCUUGCUAGAGACACCAGUGCCAGUAGUCCUGUUUCUCCAAAUGGAGUUGCCCCUGGCUGUCACGGACAGCGCUGUGUGCUGAAGCGCUGGGACAUUGCCACGACUCUGGAGAUGAAGGAGCCGGGUGGCCGUGAGCCCUCCUCCUUGUCAGUCAGCAUCGCUGCAUAA